AUGUGGGUCAACAAGGUCUUGGGGUUCGCCGCGGGAGUCGGUGCCCUCCAUUGCUCCUCGCCGCAAGAGACAUGGGAAUACGUUCGCUACCUAGACCAAGACAUUUCUGCAGUGAGCCCCUUGCCUCGCGAGGGCCGCGAGCUCUUGUAUCAGCUCUGGCGAUCGCUGGGAGGGAGCCCUGCCGACCGUGCCGAAAACAUAGCGAAGUGUGCACCAGGCAUGGCCGCAAUCAUGCUCCACUCAUUGCCCUUCAUCGACCGGGACGAAGGCGAGGCGGUCGCCGCGGAGGUCUACCGCCAGGCUGAACGCUUGGCACUUUCCACAGGAUGGAGUGACACGAGCGACAGGUGGAUCGUGAAUCUGACUUGGCACGAAGCCGCACCCAAGCUUCUUGGCCUGGAGCCUUUGCCAGAUGCUCAAAGCUGCACCGAUUCAAGCACGGCAAGCAAGCGACCCAGCUUCUACGUCUACGACACUGGCGACUACGCGCGACCGCUCUUAAGCUGUGCCUCCGGGAUGGAAGGUUCAGAGGUGAUGCUUCACCGAUUCCUGCUCCGAAGCCGGUGUCGAACCCUAAGCCCAGACGACGCUGACUUCUUUUACGUGCCAUUCUACUCCUUUUGCUUCCAGAACUUGCACAUCAAGCCCGGCACGGAGACUGAGGAGCUGGACAAACACAACAUCGCAGUAGUCAAAUCCCUGGACUACUUUGACGUAUACCGCAGAAGGCAGCACAUCUUCCACUUCGCCCAUGAGUUCUGGGACUUCCCAUCCUGGGAGGCUUACGUGGCCAGGUCCAAGAUCUUUGCGGUGGAAGCAAACCCACUGAUCGACGUCGAAAACUAUCGCCACUGUGUCUCUUGCUUCGAUGCCUGGAAAGACGUGGCUGUCCCUGGCCAUACAGAUGCCUGGGCCAUGCGCAAACUUCGUGAGCGUGGGCGGAAGCUGAGCAGCGCGCGCCGCUAUCGCUUCUGUUUCCAUGGGGCGAUGCGGCAUGAACUCUACGAGAGGACGCACGCUCAAGGCAGACUGUUCAACGGGAGCCGCGCCGCGGAUACACGGAGGCAAAUACAGAGGUUGGCCAGCGAGUCAGAUGCGAGCAUUGGACCGCACAUCACUCCACUUCUGGACUACUAUGAGCGCGUGGGGGAUUGCAGUUUUUGCUUGGUGCCAAAAGGCGUUGGCUACACCAACGGACGCCUUUUUGAGGCCUUCUUUGCAGGCUGCAUCCCUGUCAUCUUGUCGGAUGCCAUGGUGGUGCCUUUCCAAGGGUUCCUUCCAUGGCCAGACUUCAGCAUCAAGCUUCCCAUGGACGAUGUGGGCCGGGCUGUCCGCCUGCUGCGGACGAUGCCAGCAGCAAGGGUCGACCAGAUGCAGGAGAGUUUAUGGGAGAAUGCUUGUUGGUUCGACUACUAUUCCUCGGAUCCAGCGUGUUCUCCAUACGAGGGUGUUCUGCGCGUUCUCGAAAUGCAGCAGGAGAAGCCCCGCUGGGAGAUUCGCCAGCUGCCGCUCUUUUGGGCACCAGAAGGCUUGUGGCAAUAG